UUUCCCGCCAGCUUGACGACAGUGAGUGGGUGCUGUAGGAGGUGUUGGUGUGGGUGUGUGUUUGGGAAGUGGCUAAACGACGAUGGGGUUACUGGACAAUCCCGAAGAAAACACGUUUAAAAGAUAUCAAGAAUUAUGUACGAACCUGAAUAUGGAUAAAGAUGCCGCAGAAGAAGCAUGGCAAAGUUACGAAACGAUACGGCAGAAUUACACAUUAGAGGGUGAUCAGAUCCAUUGGUUAGGCUGUGCCCUGUAUGUAGCCUGUCGAAGAACAUCCUUGCCAACAGUAGGAAGACCAGGAUCUGUAAUUGAAGGCAACUGUGUGAGUUUAACUAGAUUACUUCGACUUUGCAAACUGAGUUUGAUUCAGUUUUUCAAUAAAAGCAAAAAAUGGGCUGACAUGGCAAGCAUGCCACCAGAAUUUCGCAGCAAAAUCGAACGUUUGGAAAGAAACUUUGCUGUGUCAAUGGUAAUCUUCAAGAAGUUUCAACCAAUUUUUGUAGAUAUGUUCCAAAAGCCCGCAGAUGAACAGCCAAGACAGCAGAGGUCGAGAAAGCAAAGGAGUUUGCCUUGCACACCUUCUAAAUUAUUUGACUUCAGCUGGACGUUAUUUGUUUGCGUGAAGAGUGAAUUUAGAGAUAUAAGUGAUGAUUUAGUCAACUCAUAUCACCUGCUGCUUGCGUGCUGUGAUCUGAUUUUUGGAAAUGCUCUUCUUGCAGACAGAAGAGAUAUUUUUAAUCAUAAUUUUCCAGGUAUUCCAAAUGAUUUUUGGGAUGAAAACUAUAAGCCACCUGAGGUGGCUCUAUGUAUUAUUGAUCAUUUGUGCACAAAUCAUGAUGGAAUACCAAUAGAAGCAAAAGCUAUCAAAGAGUACUACUGGAAAAACCACAUAAAAAAACUCUUUGAAAGAAAGAUCUUGAGAGGCGAUGCAUCAAAAUUUAGUGGGAUUUUAGAUCCAGGUAUCUUCGAGCUGAACUCAAAGGCUGUAAAUAAGGCUUAUGAAGAAUAUGUGUUGAAUGUCGGUGAUUUUGAUGAAAGGAUAUUUCUUGGUGAAGAUGCCAAUGCCGAUAUAGGCACCCCUACAAAAAUGUGGGGCCUAGGCGAGUUUGCUGAACAGUUACAAGCAAAAAGGAAUGGUCAGCCAUUUGGUGGACAGAUGCACCAUUUGGCUCCUUCAACACCGCUCACAGGAAGAAAGUAUUUGAAGACCAAAGAUCUACAACCUAAUGUCACACCUCUUUCAACAGCAACGCAGAGUGUCAGCCGACUACAGACACUCCUAUCUGGUCGCCAGGCAGCUCCCAGUGAACCUUUGCUAGAAAUUUUCAGGCAAUGUGCCCGCAAUCCCCAGGAAACUAUAGAACAUUGGAUAAAAGAUCUCGGUAAUUUAUUUUGUCAGCAGUAUACACAACAGAUGAACAAGACGCAAAAUGCUAAUAUUGAUUUUGCUAGAAAGAGGCUGCAGUUAGGGGAAUGCUUGUAUUAUAAAUUACUUGAAAAUAUUUUGAUUGAUGAAAGUAAAAAGAAACCAGGUUAUGAUAUGACUAAUUUGCUGGAACAGGAAAUAUUUCACCAUUCACUCUUUGCUUGUUGUCUAGAAAUUGUGAUCUAUUCCUAUAACUCACAGAGAACUUUUCCAUGGAUUCUAGAAGCAUUGAACUUGGAAUCAUAUUAUUUCUACAAAGUAAUAGAGGUGAUCGUACGUGUCGAAGAUCAACUCUCUCGUGAUAUGGUGAAACAUCUGAAUCUUAUUGAAGAACAGAUAUUAGAGUCUAGGGCUUGGCACAAUGGAAGUCCUCUCUGGGAAAGUAUAGAAAAUUCUGGAUUGCCUGUACCAUCAUAUGAAGAUGUAUCACUUCCUGGGCAAACAGAUGACUUUGUGGCCUCAUCCCAAAAUUCAGUUGUUCAUCGCAUUGCCAAGGGUGUUGAUAGGGUACCUGGUGAUCAGGCAACCCACAGAGUAGAUACUGUGGAGUCCAACUCUGCACAGUCUCCAGUGUCAUCUGUAUCAGAAAGAUUCCAGUCACCUGUCCCACCAAAUAGUACAGCAAAAAAACGUUUAUUUGUGGAUGGAUCAACAGUAAAUACAGGUGUAAUCCAACAGGCUAACAUCAGACCUGGCCAGUCAUUGCUGCAGUCAUCAAAACCUGUAGCAUUUAAUAUUCAAACUAUUGAAGGAGACAAUGGGCAGCGUUACAUUCCCAUAUCAUAUGUGCCAGGCACAGGGAGUGUAAUUAUACAAGCACAAUCUUCUGUGCCCACAACUGUCAUGGCACAGAUACAGCAGCAGCAACAACAACAACAACAACAACAACAGCAACAGCAGCAGCAGCAACAACAGCAGCAACAACAACAGCAGCAGCAGCAACAACAACAACAACAACAACAACAACAACAACAGCUGCAGCAGCAGCAGCAAGCACAAGCAAACAGGGACAAAAAACCCAGAAGAACUGGAUCAUUAGGCUUGUUUUUUAGAAAGUUUUAUCACCUAGCAUCAGUUCGCAUGCAGGAGCUUUGCACCCAGUUGGAUAUCUCAGAUAAAGAACUGAAAAGAAAGAUUUGGACAUGUUUUGAACAUUCAAUAAUUCAUCAGACAGAUCUCAUGCAAGAUCGGCAUCUUGAUCAGAUCCUUAUGUGUGCUGUUUAUGUCAUGUGUAAGGUGUCUGGGAGUGACAAAACAUUCACAGAAAUAAUGAGAUGCUAUCGUUUUCAACCUCAAGCAUCUUCUCAUGUGUAUCGAAGUGUGCUGUUGUCAUCAAAAAAACGGAGAGGUUCUGGGUCUUCAAGCAAUGGAACGUCCAGUACAUCAAGUCCAGUACCUACAGACGCAGAAAACAAAGAAGAUGCCAAUGUAAAUGUGCGUUCAUCAAGCACUCUACCUGUCACGCAGCCCUCAUCAGCUCCUCCUACACCAACUCACCUGGCUGGCACGUCAACGUCUUUUGAAUCGGGAGACCGAGGAGACCUCAUAAAGUUUUACAACACUGUCUAUGUGCAGAGAGUUCAAGCCUUUGCAGUUAAAUUUUCAGUUCGAGGCUCCCAGCUAGAAAAUCUCACACUUUCACCUUUACCAUUAACGAAGAAUCAGCCAAUGUCACCUCGAAGAGUUUCAGAAAAACAUUCCGUUUAUAUUAGAUCCUUAGAACCAAAAAUACAUCCCACAUCGCCUAUAAGGCCACUCAGCUAUUGCUUCAGCAGAAGCCCAGCAAAGGAUCUUCGAGAAAUAAAUAAAAUGAUCGAUGCUCGAAAGGUAGGAAAGAGGUUGCUAGUAGAUGAUACUUUGGAUACUACUGAUGGAGUUCCGAGCAAGAGGCCAACCCCAGGAGUUGCUAAGAAACUGCAAGAUAUUAUGGGUGAUAGAUGGCAGGUUCAAGACUGAAGAUGAUAAAAAUGUUUUGCUCCCUCUUGUUGUUCUGUCAGAAUGUGUAAUAGAAGACAUACACUCAGAAAAUGCCUGAGAAAAAUGUUUAAUAUUAAUUUUCAGUUCAUGUCAAAAAUUGAGACAAAGCAAAAUUGUCAAUGACUUGUCUCAUUAAAUUAUUUUUACUGGCAUUUGCCACGUUUGUAUUAUAAUGACAAAAAUAUUUUACUUCAGAUUUCAUUGUGGAAAAUUGUUCAUUACUUUUGUAUUUGAGAUUUACUCUUUAUGGUGUAUGACUUUAAAAAUUUGAACAUUAAUUUAUGUAAUGGUCUAAAGGCUGACCUUAGUCUAACAACAUUUAUCUUUUUUGGGGGGAGGGAGGAGGAUGCUAAAGAUGUUGUACAUUAAGCAAAGGGAUGAAUGAGUUUUAAUUAGUUGACACUUUGUUUUGUGUGUUGUGUAAAUUUGACUGGCAAUGAUUACGUAAGUGCAGGAAAAUAUUCCUAUGCAUAAAUAAUGAUGAACUUCUUUCUUCUCUUUUGGAUAUUUUUUAGAGUACUUGUUGCUUUUGAGCUAUUGGUCACUUUAUAUUUGCUCAAUAUUUUCAAGCAGAAGUGACCAAAAAUUGGCAAAUAACUUAGGCAUUUCUAGCACGUGGUAUGUCACUGCAUAUCCUUAAGUAAGUACUGAAAAGUUAAUUAUGGAAGAGAAGUUUCAUUUGUGAUCGUUCUGUGAAAUUACAGUAACAAAUAAUGCCUGGAAACUAGACACACUGUUGAUAGAUGUAUUCCUUUGUUGUGAAAGACAAGUUUCUCAGAAAGUGUAAUGUUGCCAGGAAUUCUCCAAAGCAAUAUGCUCCACAUAUAUCAAUUUAAGAAUAAAUUUAAAAUAUUCAGGUAUAUAUUAAAUACAGCAUGUUUUACAUUGCAAGGGUAGUCUUUUACUGCACUUUAUAAGUCUCUUUCAAAUAUGUGUACACUUUGAAAGUUCCCCUCUUUCUUUUAUUACACAACAGAGGAAAAUUGUAAAAAAAUUUUCUUGUUUGGUGGUCAGCCUUAUUUUAAGUUCCUGUAACUGUUUGCAAAUUAUGCAGCAAACAAUUGAAAAGAAAAAAGUCCUUUUGUGCACUGUCUAAAUUAUGUACAUAAUAAUGAAGAGUGUGUGUUAUGUUUCUUUUUCCUUCUUUUUUGCUUACAAUGUGUGUAAAUUUUCAAUCACAGUGACAAAGAUUUUAUUUAUAUUAAAAUAUGUUAGUAAGCUGUGAUGAUAAAAUUUUAUAGAACUGUUUUUGAGUUCAAGAUGUACAAAUGUUGAAUAUGUAAUUUUUUUAGUUCUAUUAUACCAGAAAAAAUAA